AUGGGUCUGAAUAUAAGUGGUACGAUUGACCGUGCACGACAUCCUGAACAAUAUCCAGAUAAAGCAAAAGGUCCAACAUUUGAUCCGAUGUAUGGUUUUCCUGAUGGACGAAAACUAAAAACUGCACCAUAUACUGACGAAGAAAUGCAAAUUUUAAAUAUUCCUCAUGAUAAACGUGACUAUUGUCCGGAACGACAUGCAUGGGAAAAAUGUGAAACAAAUAAUAAACUUGAUGAUGCAAAAGAAUAUGAACGAGAAUUACGUUUACAUCGACGACGGUUACGUAAAGAAGAAAUCAUUAAAAAUAAUCCAAUUCAUAAAGAAUUAGCUAAUAACGAAGAAUAA